AUGGACUUUACUUUCAAGCCCACAAUGCCCACGACAACAUCUUCGCAUAUGGACAAUCAUCUCCACCUCACGCUUGGUGGCUUGAUCAGCCCUCGACUCGACCACUGCAUCUGCGGGUCCACACCUGCAGGUCGACAUGCAUGCCUUCAGCCUGCCUGCUGCGCGGCAUCAAAACUCUUCCCUGUUGGCUGCAGGCGCCUCGCUGUCUCUUGUCCUGCAUAUUUGGUCAUCUGCCCUCCAAGACCGCCUCCACAACCUGACAUGGGACUUUUCCCUUCCGUCAUGUUCACAGACAAUGGUCCCUCGACACGCCACCCCAUUUCUCGCCUGAGCUGCUGGGCGCGGAAAUAUCUGCUUAUUGUCAUGGGCAGUUCUCUGAACUGGCCCAUGUUAUGA